AUGACAGACAAUAUUAGGCGUGCUAUGCAAGAUAUUGAUCUUGGUAGUGAAGUGGCGCCAUUUGUUCUUCCUCAUGCGGUGGUUCAACAAGCAGCGGAAGAAAACCGUUUCAUUCUUGUGGGACGCCCUACCAUGCCGAGACGUCAAAACAUUCGUGCCAUCAUCGCAGCAAUGCCAAGAAGUUGGGGACUAGAAGAACUUGUUCGUGGGCGAACAAUGGAGGGAAGAUGUUUCCAAUUUGUAUUCCCAUCGGAGGAAGCAAUGGAGACAGUCAUUAGACGCGGACCUUGGGCCUAUGCUGACAGAAUGAUCACUCUUCAGCAGUGGUCUCCCCUGAUGGAUAUGAAUCUCUUGAACAAGAUCCCUUUCUGGAUUCAAGUCAGGGGCAUACCCUUCCAAUUUAUGAACCGUGAAGUCAUCAUUCACAUUGCAAGGGCCCUUGGUGAAUACAUCCAAAUUGACUAUAAUGAAGAAGUGGGGGGAAGAAUGGAGUUUGUGCGCAUCCGGUUGAACUGGAACAUCAACAGCCCUCUGCACUUCCAGCGUAACUUCCAAUUCACUCCUGGAAUCAACACCUUACUCAAACUACACUACAAAAGACUUCGUGGUUUCUGUGAGACAUGUGGUAUGAUGACUCACGACUCUGGCCGGUGCUUGAUCCAAAACGGAGGCCCAGAAGAGGAUCCUGAUGAAGAUAAUGAUGAUGACAACAACCAAGAACAAGAUGAUCAACCCCACCAUGAUAUGGGAGUUUACAUUGAGGAGAUCAAUGAUGAAGGUGCAAACAUGGGCGCUCAGGAUGACAAUCCAGAAGAGCCAGUGAUGCAGGAAGCAGAGAUGCCUGAACAGCAAGUAGAAGAAACGGUUGAGAAGGAAGAUGAAUUCUGGUCUGGUGAAUCUAUGGGUACUAUGUACUCUGGUGAUUUGAACAUGGAAGAGAUACAACAAAAUGAAGUUUUCUGA